AAUCGGAAACACGUGAACGAAGUUGAUUCCAUUUAUUCAACCAUCCCAGUAUAUCUGAAGUGGGAAUUCGUUUUCUUUUCCGUUUCCUAUUCCUAUCUACCCAUCGUUGAUUUGACAUUCUUUCCAAAAUGGCUGCUAUAAGUAUCUGACACAAGUUGGUUGUGUGAUUAAAAAAAUGCCUUUGCUCCGUCAUCUCUUCGUUAUUUCCAUUUGACAGUAUUAGAAGUUGUGAUAAAAUGUGUCAGUUGUUUGAUUUAAGGAACCUGAAGUAAUACAUUGAUUAUUAAAAUGCCGAGUUUACGAAAACGCGUUGCUGGAUUUAUGCGUCAGCUGUCUGUCAGCAACCUUGCUGCUGCUGUAGAGAAUAUCGGACACGGUGAAUCGUCUCCACGUAGUCCUAGAAAUGUUCCACAGGACCUCCCUGCCGGUUGUUUCAUAACUCGAUACCUCAAUGGAUUGGAGAUUAAGAUGGAAGGUCCGGUAAUAUUGCAUGGGCGUAAUCCAGAGGAACUUCCAUCGUAUCCAUUAUGUACCUUGGAUAAUGGCGGGGAAGUAUUUGCAGCUUUAACAGGCCCCGAUCGGGGUUUGACUACGGUAAACUUAAAGCAGCGACAUUUAAGUAUCAGCGAUCCAGACGUUGACUACAUUGAUAUUUUGGAACAGUCCGAACAUGAAAGAACUGUAAACACAUCAAUGGACUGUAUAUUCUCUGUGGCUCACGAUCGAUGGUUUAUGAUUCGUCCAAGCGAUUCCCCGCCUUGUCCCAUCGACAACAGUUCUAUCAAAAUUCGCGCCGCUGGAAAGUUAUACGACCCAGAUUCCAAGUAUUCUAAUGAAAACUUGUUGGAUAGUUUGGAAUCCAAUUGCAAUAAUGAACAGACUGAUCUGUUGGAUGAUGGCUGCAAAAAUUAUAACAAAUCGAGGGAUCAAUCCGAUAUGGGAGUCAGAGGACUGCCUAGCCAAAAUAUUGAUAAUUUAUUAACGGAUGGUAUGGUCGCCGAAGAUUCAACCUCCAAAUUAGAAGAUACGAUUGAUUACGAUGCUAAAAUCAAAGAAAAGUUGGACAAUUUUCAGUUCAGUCUUACAUCCAAAGAACACUUUACAUUCGAAACGACCAGUUUCAUCCCAGAAAGUACAUUCAUACCCACGAAACAGACAAACGUAAGCUUUGACGAUAGUCUGAAUGACAAUGCUUUGCAGUUUAAUGAUGAAAACAUAAGCAAUGAUAUUGCGGAUGCUUCCAAGGAAGGGAAUUUCAAAAACGACAUAAUUCCACCACCGUCUGAGUUUGCUUCCGAGAUGAAUCCACUGAGGAAAUCAAAAAGUGCUCCAGCUCCGUUUCGCAAGGCAAAAAAAGGUACAACAUCUGACGGUGAAAUAGCUUGCGUAUCAGACUGGUUCAGGCCUCACGAUUUAGCCUACGGAGUAGCGACCACCCUGUAUGAAAAGAAUCCGACGACGAAUAUCAACAACGGAGAACCAAUUGCUGAUUGUUUUGGUAUUUCGGCUAGACCGAAGGCUGCUGUUUUGGGACUCGCUGAUGGCGUUAACUGGGGCCCAAAAGCAAGCAUUGCCGCUCGAGCAGCGGUGCACGGGAGUAUAGAAUACCUGAACAAGGCCCUUUUCUCGUCGGCACCAGGCUGCGGAGUAACUACUACUCGGGAUGUGUUCGUAGCUUUGCUACGCUCCUUUCACUCGGCACAUUCUCUCAUUCUACAAGAGCAAGGAAUGCUGACGACUCUAACAGUUUGUGCCGUACUACCUCUGCUGCGUAACAACUCUGGGUCAAAUUGUCGUACCGAAAGGUACGUCGCGUGUACGUGUAACGUUGGGGACAGUUUGGCCUACGUUUAUUCCAGACGAACGGGCGUAAGAGAGAUAACACAAGGCUCUCACGACAUUCAUUGCAUGCGAGAUAUGCGAGAUGCAUUGGGAGCUUUGGGUCCAGUCGAUGGUUCUAAUCCAGAGUUGAAUAAUCUGACUUUGUCUAUGACAGAGGUGGAAAAAGGCGAUAUAGUAUUUUUAACCAGCGACGGAAUAUCGGAUAACUUUGAUCCUGUAGUGGGAAAAUUUGCCAUAUUACCUACCAAUAACACUGCGAGUUCCGAUAAAAGUGUCAAGCAUGAGGGCCAGAGUAGGACUAGAACUCGUCGCAAGUCUGCCGAGAAUUUAAGAAGGUCAGAUUCGAUCGGUAGUAGCAAUAAUGGAUUACCCGUCGUUGAGGCUUAUCAAAGGCACGAGCUCACUCUCUUGCGAAUGGAGGAUUUGUUGAGGCGAGGAGUAUCCGGAGAAGGACCGCCUUGCGAUAAUGCUAAACGUCUUUGCGAAUUACUUCUCGACUUUGCGGUGAGGAUCACAGCUGCGAAACGUCGAAUUCUAGAAGAUCCAGAUCUGUAUUAUGCUCAGCAAAAAGAUGGUCACAUGAUCCAAUUAUCAAAAUUGGAGCAAAGAAAUCGGCGCAAGAAAAUGCUGGAGAAGAUUUCAAUGGUACCGGGUAAACUAGAUCAUGCAACUGUCGUAGCGUACACAGUUGGUCAGUAUACCGAAUCUGAUACCGAUCUUUAGUUGUUCAUAAAAUUGUAUGUAUAGAGUGUACAUGUAUAAAUAGGAAGUAUUUUUAUUUUUACAAGAUAAUAACGUUUAUAGUAUGAUUCUCGAUGAACUAAGGUAGUCGCCAUAUACCAUGUAUAAUUAUUUGUAUAUAUUGUGCGUUAGAAACGGUGAAAGUUAUUCUUUGGAUUAGGAAAAACCGCGCAAGACGUUAGGCGGUUCGACAUUUCUGUACAUGGAAUCGAUAUCACUGAAUCGAAGCUAUUACGCCACACCAGACUGCAUAUGAAGCAAUUCAUACCAUUUGAUCAGGCUCCAGAUUCUACUUUUAUAGCGAAUUUAUCCUUGAUUUUUUCUGUGAUAGUAAUGUAA